AUGACUAUGUCAGCUCUCACAGUUUCUCCCCCAUCUCAGCACCACACAAUGUGCUGUUGUGGUCGUCUGAUAGGUCAGCACGUGGGCCUGCCCCCGGGCAUCUCUAGUCACAAUGAUAAGGCAGAGCGUUUGGGCAAGAAUGACAGCCUGUCAGAGAAAUGGUCCAUCAGCAAGCACACACAGAUCAGCCCCACUGACGCCUUCGGCACCAUCGAGUUCCAGGGAGGAGGACACUCCAACAAAGCCAUGUACGUGCGAGUGUCUUACGACACUAAGCCUGACCUGCUGCUCCACCUGAUGACCAAGGAGUGGCAGCUGGAUCUGCCCAAGCUGCUCAUCUCAGUCCACGGGGGCCUGCAAAACUUUGAACUCCAGCCAAAACUCAAACAGGUCUUUGGCAAAGGGCUCAUCAAGGCUGCCAUGACGACAGGAGCCUGGAUCUUCACCGGUGGGGUCAACACAGGAGUGAUCCGCCAUGUGGGUGAUGCGUUGAAAGACCACGCCUCCAAGUCAAGAGGGAAGAUCUGCACCAUUGGCAUCGCGCCUUGGGGCAUUGUAGAAAACCAAGAGGAUCUUGUUGGCAAAGAUGUGGUGCGUCCAUACCAGACCAUGUCCAACCCCAUGAGCAAGCUGACGGUUCUGAACAGUCUCCACUCCCACUUCAUCCUGGCCGACAACGGCACCACGGCAAAGUACGGUGCUGAGGUCAAACUGCGACGCCAGCUAGAGAAACACAUCUCCCUGCAGAAGAUCAACACGCGUAUUGGUCAAGGUGUGCCGGUGGUGGCUCUCAUCGUGGAGGGGGGCCCUAAUGUGAUCUCCAUAGUGCUGGAGUACCUCAGGGACACACCCCCCAUCCCCGUGGUGGUGUGUGAUGGCAGCGGCAGGGCCUCCGACAUCCUGGCCUUCGGACACAAAUACUCUGAGGAUGGGGGCAUAAUUAACGAGUCUCUGAGAGACCAGUUGCUGGUGACCAUCCAGAAGACUUUCACCUACAGCCGCACACAGGCGCAGCAUCUGUUCAUCAUUCUCAUGGAGUGCAUGAAGAAGAAGGAGCUGGUGAGUGUCACGUUCACACAUACAAACAGCUAG